UCCAACAGCACCAUGACGAGCAGGGGUCGCUAUUAAUAUUAGCUAGCUAGCAAGAACAGAUGGUGACUACGCAAGUAGUGCAUUGCUCAUGUUUUCAAUUUCCCUGACCCACCUCGCCAUUUGUUUUUGCGAAGAUUUCACAGCUGUAUGAGUCAUACGAUUUAGCAAAGAGCGACUGGAUUAAAUAAAUUUUACCAAUGUAUAAGGGGGGUUAGAGUAUGGGAAUUAUCUACUGAGUGUAGACAAUAGCCACACAGAAUACCAUUGCAUGCAUGCAUGCAAAGCAUGCCUACCGGUAGCUUUAUGAGUCUGGCUAUAAUCUGUUGUGCUUUGCCGCCAGCAUUAUAGUCGCAUUCAUCAAAUCAAGUCCCUUCCACUCUCCAAAGUAGACUAUGUUGGUGUUAUCUAGUACUAGAGUAGUAUCUACAAUGCAUGGGGGUGGUUUCGGAGUUACCUCUAUGAUCGCUUGAUCUUGAGAAUGACAAUUGGAUGGUACGAGAUAGUGCUAAAAGAUCUUCCGCCGGGUUCGACGCUUCUCGACGUCGGAAUCGGCACGGCAGGAGCUCUUAUUGCUUGUGAAUCGCUGCUUCGAGCUAAACGAUUGCGGGUGGUGGGAAUGGACUACGAUGAUCAAUACAUUCGUCAGGCAGAAAUUGCCAUCCAAAAGGCCGAUUUGACGGAUUGCAUUCAAGUGGUGGCAAUGGACUUGUACGAUUUGCAAACAGAAAAAGGAAAAUUACCGCCCAAGCUACUGCCACCACUCUCCGAUGCACGUGGUUCCAAUGACAGACUCUUUGAUGCCGUCUAUUUCUCGGGAUCCUUCUCACUCCUCCCCGACUGGACAGCGGCUUUGAUGAUUGCAGCUUCUGCGUUGAGCCCAAGUGAUGGCAAAAUCUACAUUACGCAAACCUACCAAAAGCAAUCAUCCUGGUUCUGGAGCUGGUGGAAACCUUGGCUCCGAUAUAUCACCACCAUCGAUUUUGGACAGUUGGUGACGGCCAAUCGCAUUCAAGAGUUCUAUCGGGAUCAUGCCAACGGCAAUGGAUGGAAUCUCUUGUGGCACGAAAAGAUCCCAGGGAACGUGGAUAAUCCCUGGCAAGCCGCGUAUGGGACAUGCCUGCAAGUUAAUUGAUUGAUGGAUAGAUGGAUUCUCUCUCGACAAUGACGGUAGCUCUAGCUAGCCAGACAGAUAAGUAUCGGUAUAGAACAAAGGUCACGUUU